UAGCAUCCAUCUGUCGCUCUUUUUCAAGGAUUCUUUCAUCGGGGCACCGGCAUCCCCCGUUGUCUUUCCAAAAAAUCUACAUCCGACAUUCACAAUCCAAAUGAUGUUGCUUUGUCAUCGUAAAAGUCCCUUUCCUCGCCAUUUGAUUGACGGCGCGCGCUUCCACAUAUGCAGACAUGACGCCCUUGCACAAUUAUAUUGUGAAUGAUCGGCCAGUAUAUAACCGAGCUUAUCUGCACAUUUAGCCUUGAUAACGAGCAUACACGGCACAUCCACGUGCAUUUUCAGUCUGUGACUCGCGCACCGGGCAUUGGCAGAUGGGAGGUUAUAAAAGCUCACCUUGCUCGAUGCCAGUUGAGACUUGACUUAGUUUUAAGCAGCGACGGGCUAAACGAUCUCAGCGGACACAUUCAGCCAUGGCGGGAAAAGAUGAACUGGGCAAGCCCAAGUCAAAAAGUGCUUUGGUGUGCGGCUACCCAAUUAGCAUCUUUUUUAUUGUGGUCAACGAGUUCUGCGAGCGCUUCUCCUACUAUGGCAUGCGAGCUGUGCUGGUGCUUUACUUUAAAUACUUCCUGCGAUGGGACGAUGACUUUGCCACCACUAUCUACCAUACCUUUGUUGCCCUCUGCUACCUGACCCCGAUCCUGGGUGCCAUCGUGGCCGACUCUUGGCUGGGCAAGUUCAAGACUAUCGUUUACCUGUCCAUUGUGUACGCUUUGGGGCAGGUGAUCUUGGCAGUCAGCGCCAUUCAUGACAUCACAGACAACGACCGUGACGGAACCCCGGACAACAUGGUUUUCCACGUAGCUCUGUCCAUGGUGGGUUUGCUUCUUAUCGCCCUGGGAACAGGAGGCAUCAAACCUUGUGUUGCGGCCUUUGGUGGAGACCAGUUUGAAGACCAUCAGGAGAAGCAGAGGAGCACUUUUUUUUCCAUUUUCUACCUGUCCAUCAACGCAGGCAGUCUGCUGUCCACCGUCAUCACACCCAUCCUCAGAGCCCAGGAGUGUGGGAUCCACACUCAGCAGAAAUGUUACUCGCUGGCUUUUGGUGUCCCCGCAGCCCUCAUGGUGGUCGCUCUGAUUGUGUUCAUUGUGGGAAGUCAAAUGUACACCAAGACUGCUCCUCAGGGAAACAUCAUGGUGAAAGUCUGCAAAUGCAUCGGGUUUGCAAUCAGCAACCGCUUCAGGCAUCGUCAUGCGGCAUACCCGAAAAGAGAGCACUGGAUGGACUGGGCUGAAGAAAGAUAUGACAAACUUUUGAUUGCCCAGGUGAAGAUGGUGGUCAAGGUGCUCUUCCUCUACAUCCCCCUGCCGAUGUUCUGGGCUCUCUUUGACCAGCAGGGAUCAAGAUGGACCCUCCAGGCGACGACCAUGGACGGUGACUUUGUAAUCCUCAUAAUCCAGCCCGACCAGAUGCAGACGGUCAACCCCAUCUUGAUCCUGAUUCUGGUGCCGAUUGUGGAUAGUCUGGUCUACCCGCUCAUCUCCAAGUGCAAGUUGAACUUCAGCCCGUUGAAGAGGAUGACCACGGGGAUGUUCCUCGCCGCUCUGGCGUUUGUUGCCGCAGGCCUGGUUCAGAUCCAGAUUGAUCAAACCCUGCCCACCUUUCCGUUAAGCACGCAGAGCCAAGUGAAGGUUCUCAACAUGCUCGACAAGCCAUUAGACAUCACGGCUGGGUCGCACUCAUUUAGGUUGGACGCUUUCACGGCCAACAAUGACUACCUGACAUUCGAUGACUCAUUUUCUCUGGAACUGGGCCCCGGCGCAGUUUAUCCCAUCACUUUGAGUGACGCGUCUCGGAAUACUCUGGUGAUCCUUCAGGAUGAGUCUUUGCCCAGACCAGUAGGGUUUGAUGACAUCACAGCCAAGCCAGAACAGGGUGCCAAUGCUAUAAGAUUUUUCAACGGCCUCGGCUCGACUUUGAACAUAACAAUUGGUAAUCUGGACUUCAAUGGCGUGGGUGCUCUCAACAUGUCAAAGUAUUUGGCAGUACCGCACGGGAACGCACAGUUCCUGAUCAAGAACAACACAGGAGGCAAGUGCAUCUACAACCAGCAACUUGGCUUCGGCAGCUCUUACACCUUGGUCAUCCCGCCCACUUUCACAUUUGGACCAAAUUGUCACCUGGAUGUCCGUCAAGUCAAUGACAUCCGACCAAACUCGGUUCACAUGGCCUGGCAGAUACCUCAGUACUUCCUCAUCACGGCAGGAGAAGUGGUCUUUUCUGUGACGGGCCUGGAAUUCUCCUACUCGCAGGCACCCAGCAACAUGAAAUCAGUCCUGCAGGCCGGUUGGCUGUUAACAGUUGCUGUCGGAAAUAUAAUUGUGCUCAUUGUUGCCGAGGCAGCGACGCUUGAAGAUCAGUGGGCCGAGUACAUUCUCUUUGCGUCUUUGCUGGUGGGGGUGUGCAUCAGCUUUGCCAUCAUGGCCUAUUUCUACACAUACACCGACCCGAGCAAGAUCGAAGCUCACUUCCGAGAGAUGGAGCCCAACGAGAAGCGCAAGAACAUGGACGGAAAGGACAGAGUUGAGCGCCGCAAUGAAGAAAAAUGCUCCGAUUCCAGCUCAGAUGAGGAGGACGAAUCCACACAGACCAAGUUGUAAAAACAAACAAAGAGGAAAAAUAGAGAGUAAAAAAGUAAAGUAAAAAAAACGUAUUUACCUUUGUAUUUAAACAUUGCAUGUUGUGUGUUUCUUUGUCAUUUGUUGAAUGUCAAAAAUGACUUUGAUCCGUGUUUGGUAACAUUCAUUUAUUCAUUCAUUCAUUCAUUAAUUUUCCGAGCCGCUUGAUCCUCACUAGGGUCGCGGGGGGUGCUGGAGCCUAUCCCAGCUGUCUUCGGGCAGUAGGCGGGGGACACCCUGAAUCGGUUGCCAGCCAAUCGCAGGGCACACAGAGACGAACAACCAUCCACGCUCACACUCACAC